AUGUUUACUGUUGGAUUGUCAUGUUUCAUAUUUCUCGUUGUAUUAGGCCUAUCUAGCUGUGAGUCUGUAUCUAAAAUACAGGGGCAAAACGUAACAUUACGCUUCCCAUACCCAUGUAACACCACAGAAGUCACAUUACAGAAAUCAAAUAGACAUCCGUUUUACAUAUCCAUGUCUGGACCAGACCUCUUUCUGUCGCAAUCUAAGACGAAUAGAUUCAAGGUUUAUGAUAAAAAUGACUAUGAUAAUUGCUCUGUGGAUCUGAUGAUCAGUAAUCUAAUGAAAGAUGAUCAAGGCACAUACAUUUUGUUUGUAUACAAGGAUGGUGACAUACAAGGGGAUGACACACAUAGGAUUUAUUUGAAGGUAGACCAUCCCCCUGGAAAGGCGUCAUGUGUCGUGGGUGAUGAAAAGGGUGGCGACUGGGUCUCGCUAGACUGCCAAGCCAAUGCAGGGAGUCUACCAGGGAAAAUUGAAUGUUACCAAACUGGUGUUUGGAUGCCUACUUUGGCCGGCCCUACUGAAACGGGAUCUUCAUUGAAACAGUCCAUCCUCAUCAGACAAUCGGGUCCAGUAUUCUGCUGCUCAUCUCUGAUUCAUGAAGACAGAGAUAUGUGCGAAUGUAAAGACACUAGCCACUAUCUGUCCGAUGGCGACUACAUUGACCCCUGUCCUACACCCAGUCCUACCUUUCCUGAAAGUACAACAAUGCUGAUUCCCUCCACUUUCACUGAAAACAAUCAAAGUGACUAUUCCUUUGUGACACCAUCUACUCCCGUUAAGAUGGAAGAGGGCUACGACAACGUACGUUUGAUUUUUCUUUCUUCCUUAGGUCUAGCUACAGUGCUCCUUUAUAGUUUCCUCGUAUGUGUAUACAAAUGUAACCCAACGAGGAAAAGUAACAGUAACAGUAGUUACGAUUCACCAAGAGUGCAUAAUACCAUGCCACUUCUUAAAGAGAAUGAAAGGGAUAGUGGACAAAGCAAGGGAAAAACAAGUACUACGCAAUCAUCCUUAUAAAGCUUUUACAUUGAAAAGGGCUGACAGCUGUGGAUGGAUGUAAAAGAAGUUUUUUCCUCGUGGUGAGGAUUAAUUCUAUUUUUGUUUUUUUGUCUUCUUCCAUGAAAAUAUAGAAGCUUUGGUAUGAGAAAGGGCAAGUUGCUACCAAAACAAUUUCGUUGACUUUUACAUAUAUCAAAGUACGUUCAACAUGUAUCGGUUUGUUACAUCUUAACUCCAUACAAAAAUUAAUGUUUUAUGUUGAUGUUGGCUGUAUUUGCUUGGCAUAACUUGAGCUAUCCAAAAUUGUAAUCAUUUACGUUUGUAAUGUUGAACAAUGUUAAAAUACAAAUACAUAUAUAUUUGACAACUUAAUACAUAAAUAUGAACGCGAUUGCAUAUCUACUUUAUCAUAAACGAUUAUGUCAUAUUAGUUUGAAUUGGAAGCUUGGUUUUGUACUUCAGCCAAAAAGAGAAUUGUGUGUAUAUAAUUGCAUAGACAUAUAUAAUACUUGCAUAUACAUUAAUUCAUCUAUGCCGUGUCAUUCAUUUCUCGAUAUACUGUAUAAAGCAAAUAACGCGUAGCUCUAGUUCAUGUAUCUGUUCAAAUCAGCUCAUUUUAAUAUCUUCACAUUAUUUUGUUCAAACAGACGGAGUGGUUUCGGCAACGUUAAAGUUUUCGCAUGCGCUAGUUUGACACACUGGCAACGCACUUUAUUUGUAUAAUCAAAAUUCAUGAGGAAAAUCAUUAACUCUCGGCCUUAAACAAACCUAGCACUAAUAACACGCGCGUGCAGCAGUGGGAAAAUUUACAUUCGUUCUUAGAAGGCUAAAACUUUUUGUAAAAAAAAAUCGCACGAAGCAUUAACACGCGCAUGCAGCGCAUGUAGCGGCAGCUUUGAUAUAAUUUCCUACAACAUAAGCAUACGAAACUUAAUACCUUCUGCAACUGGACACAGCAAUAAGACAAGCAUGAUACAGCAGAGAGUGAUUCUUGCUGUACACACGAUACAUUGCAACCUUGACUUUUGAUUCACAAUAUCCAAAUCAAGUGGUCUUAAUACCUUAUGCGACUGACUAACCUACGAAUAGAGAGGCAUGCAUGUAAUGCAGCGGAAAGUUACUUCCAUACUAAGUGAACUUAGAUUUUGUCAAUUGGGACAUAAUUCCCUUUGUACUCUACUCUGACCUAGCAAUAGAGAUGGAUGGUGUGUAUAUAUAGAGGAAGAGUGGUAACCGCCUGUGAAUAACGGGUCCCAUUUGGUUGAUCUACAAAAAAUAAUUAUUAACACCCCAACAAAACACACAACAACCUGCCAAAGGUAGCCAAUACAACUCUAAAGACAAUACUCCAAGACCAGGAAAAACAAAAACAAACUUUGAACUCAAGGCGGAAGCGACACAGUUAUCAUUGCGACUAUGGAUAAUAUUAUUUCAUAAGAUUUAAGCUGUAAAGUAUUCAUCAUGCAUCGUUGUACCCCCAAUCUUGAAAACGUUGUUCAUUUUUGGACUUUGACAUCGGUUUCAGGCUUUCUGGCAGGCAUUCCUGUAAGGCUAUUGUAGUUGAUCUGCACCUCAACAUGAAGGUGAUUUGAAUCAGGAAAUAAAAAAAAACCUUGACAGAAAAAAUAUGAAAUAGGGUUUAACAAUGAACAAAAAUUUUAUGUGAACAUGCGUGAUAAAUGGGGAUUUCAGUUCGAAUAUUAUGAGUUUCACCUUCCAACUCACCAUUCGAUCUGAAUUUUAUUAUUGAAUUUCAUUAUCUGCACCACAACAUGAAGCUGAUUUGAAUGAGGAAAUAAUAAAAAAACUUGAUAGAAAAAAUAUGAAAAAAGGGUUUAACAAUGAACAAAAAGUUUAUUUGAACAUGCGUGAUAAAUGGGGGUUUGCAAUUCGAAUAAUAUGAGUUUCAUCUUCUUCGAUCUGAAUUUCAUUAUGGACUCGUCAAAUGCGUAAAACAUAAGGGUUUGUUAUGUUUCGUAUUUGUGUAUCAUCAAAAGUAUUGGUGAUUGGUGAAAAAAAAUGAUCAGAAAAUAUACAAGCAUGAAAGUUGGCAAAACAGAAGAGUAUAGAACUGUAUUAAACAUUUAUAGUACGAGUGCAAACUUGAGGUCUACUGGUAAAGCAUUGGAUGAUAGUUUUAUUGAUUUUGGAUAUCUUUUCAAUAAAUAAUGUCAAAAAAAUUUCGGUUUGCAUGUAGAUUGAUCUCUUUUUGCACAUUUGAUGAUUUCUGUGAGAAAAACUUAAUAGGGAAUCCAACCUUCGUCAAAAAAUGUUG